AAAGCAAGAUGUUGUAGCGAACCGACCGGCACACAGCUACUCUAGGCGACAAGGCGCCGUGCCGAACUGCCAACGCGAACGAACGAAACCCGCGAGUAGUGACACCCGCGACCCAGCCCGACUCGCGACCUCGGGCCCGCGAAACCUUUGGCGCCGAGCCCCGCGAACCCCGCCGCGGCCAUGACUGUGGGGAAGAAAGUGGAGUCGACGUCGACGGCGGCGUCGGCCGCUAAGACAGUGACGUCGUCCUCGACGUCGUCGUCAUCCACCAGCAAGACAGCAAAGACAGCGUCGUCGUCCAAGGCCUCCACGUCUGUGGAACGCCUGUCCUCGCCACAGCUGGGCGGCAGGAAGGUGACGACCACCACCACCACGGAGGUGACGAGCAUCAACGGCAAGCCCUCGGGCAGCACCACGACCGUCAGCAAUGGCGCCGCGAGUGACGGCGGCACACACGGCGGCGUCGUCACCCGGACUACCCGACGAGUGACGGGCGGCAGCAGCGUGACCACCAGCUCCAAGGUGAUCGAGACCGUGUCGCAGACCGUGCUGCGCUCGUCGAGCAGCAGCCAGGUGGUGAGCCAGUCUUCCAGCCAGCAGGCCGUACAAGGCAGCGUGUCCUCCAGCGCGAGGCACGGACAGCUCCUGGCGGAGGGCAAGGGGGGCACCACCUCCUACACGGCCGUCACCACGACGACGGGCAAGCAGGAGUCCCGCGUGGACCCCGGCUCCAAGGGGAUGCCGGCCGCCGGGAAGCCCUCGGUGGCCCCCAAGGCUUCCACCACCACUUACCACAUGCUGGAUGACGCCGGUGGCUCCGUCACCAUCACCGACAUCACAGACGCGUCCCUGCCCCACCACGGCGGGCGCCAGGGUGCGGCGGGCACGUCGUCCUCCACCUUGGUGCAGACCGGGGGCGGGACGUCGUCCUCGUUCCUCGACAAGAAGACGUCAGUGACCAAGUCGUCGAGCAGCAGCAGCAAAAUGGAGGCGUCGUCCUCGUCAAUGUCGACGUCGUCGUCCAGCCAGCGCGUAGUACAGUCCGGCGAAGCGCUGUCUUCCUUCCUGGAGCAGGAGAAGAGGUCGUCGCUCGACAAGUCGUCGAGCAACACCAAGGGAGACACCUCUUCGUCGUCGAUGAAAGCGGCGACGUCAGGUCAUGUGUCGUCAUCCAGUCAGCAUGUCGUCGAGUCGGGGUCGAUCGGCGACGCCUCCACCUCGCUCAUCCAGAUGGAGAAGUCGUCGAGCCAGCAGGGCUCCAAACUAUCGGGGGCCCAGGGCAGCACCAUUGUCGACUCGACAUCCACAUCCACCAAGGCCUCGUCACUAACCCCACUUCACCCAAUCGCCGGAGAUUCAUCCACAUCGCUAAUACAAACCGACAGUAAGCAAUCUGGAUUGAGUGGGCUGUCAACAUCUACUUCCAAGAUAGAAACAUCGUCAUCAUCAUCAAGCAAGCAAAUGUCAUCAUCGACGAUGAAAAUGUCGUCGUCAUCUUCAUCCAGUCAUCAAAUUAUUCAAUCGGGCUCAAUAGUCGAUAGCUCAUCUACCUCGCUCGCCCAGGUCGGCGAUAGCAAGUCCUCCACUACGGGGAUAAGCAAGACGGCCACGUCGGGAGUCAUCAAGUCCACGGGGGUGGUCCAAUCCUCCAGCAGCACGGAUAUGGCGUCCAAGUCAUCGAUAAGCCAGUCAUCGACAAGUCAGUCAUCAACGACCACUAUCGUGGGUGGAUCUACCGAACAGUCUUCCAGUGUGUCCAAGAGCAAGCAGUCUUCCAGCCAGCAACAGGUGCUGAUGAGCAGUGAUAGGUCGACCACGCCCACGCCCGCCGCCGGCAAGCCCACCUUCCCGGUGUCAACCGACUCGCAGCGGCAGCAUGUGCAGCAGGAGCAGAAGACGUCUGUCGUGAGCAGCAGCAGCAGCAGUGACAGCAAGGCUGCAGCGUCCAGUGUGCGGGAGCAGACCACCGUCAAGACCAGCAGCAAGACUUCCGCCAAGAAGCAGCAUGAGAACAAGGAGCAGUGCAUCUGCGAAAUCUGCACAUGCGGGCGGCACCGCUGUCCGCACACGGGCGGCCACGAGGACAACCCCCUCCGGCCGACGGACACCACCUUCGAGACCACGACGCAGGCGCGCGAGGCGUACCACGCCUGGGACCUGCACGAGGUGGACCGGCCCCGGCUGCAGCGCCUGCACACGCAGCUCACGCUCUCUGACGGCGUCGUGCCCAGCGAGACGGCCUACCGACACGACUUCGACGAGAAGAAGGCCGAGAGGCAGACCAGGUACCAUCAUGAGGACCACCUUCAUCUUGAGGGUGACUUCACCGGCGAGCGGAGGAACGACUGGGCCACCAAAGGGGAGAGGGCCCCCAUCAAGAAGCCCCAGGACAAUCUCAGGCAGGAGGGUGACUUCGCGAAAAGGGAGAGGUCCCCCGUCGGCCCCGGUGAGAGAAUGCCUAUUGUCAAGCACCCCGACAACCUGAAGCUCGAGGGUGACUUUGCACAGCGCGAAAGGACACCAUUCGGCCCCGGGGAACGGGCGCCCAUCAAAAAGCCGCAAGACAACCUCAAGCAAGAGGGCGACUUCGCCAAGCGAGAGCACUCACCGGUGCGUCCAGGUGAGAGGAUGCCAAUUGUCAAGCACCCAGACAACCUGAAGCUAGAGGGUGACUUCGCACAGCGCGAAAGGACACCCUUCGGCCCCGGGGAGCGAGCACCCAUCAAGAAGCCUCAAGACAACCUAAAGCAAGAGGGCGACUUCGCCCAGCGAGAGCGAUCACCGGCGCGUCCAGGCGAGAGGAUGCCUAUCGUCAAGCACCCCGACAACCUCAAACUUGAGGGAGACUUCGCACAGCGGGAGCGAACACCGGUGGGUCCAGGAGAGAGGCUGGCGCCGAUCAAGCACCCGGACAACCUCCGGCUCGAGGGAGACUUUGAGCGCCCCUCUCCGACCAGUGUCAGUCCAGGGGUGCGUCCCAAGGCGGUCAAGCCUACAGACAACCUCCGCAUGGAAGGCGAGUUCACUGGCCAGCGCACCAUCAUCACGGACUACACCGCCAUGCGGGGCGAGCGAGCCGAGGUGCGCCGCCACGAGGAUCACCUGCGCACGGGGGGAGAUUUUCAAGGAAUCACCACCCAGCAGCUGGAGUUCACCGGCGAGAUGAGCGAGCGACCUCGCAUGAUCCGGCGCAACACCUGGACCAAGCUGGAGGGUGACCUGGAGACAGAGACCACGAGCAGGUCAGAGUUCAAGGGCUUCGAGCAAGUGUCCAGGACCGAGACGGUGCAGCGACGCCAGGACAACCUCACCGUCGGCGGCACCUUCCACGGGGUGACGCAAAGCCGUGAGGACUUCCCCGAGCGGUGGGCGGUGCAACCGGAGAAGCCCACUCGGCGCUCGGACAACCUGACCACAUCGGUGGGCGAGUUCACCUCUACGACGAGCAGCUCCGAAGCCUUCACGGGACAGCAGGUCGUGUCGCGCUCCGAGGUAAAGAGGCGACGCGACAACCUCACGACGGAGGGCAGCAUGAUGUUCGAGUCCUCCUCGCACACCGAGUUCACGCACAAGACGGCCGAGCGGGAGACUCCCAAGCGCAGACGCACAUGGACCAAGCAGGACGGCGAGCGUCACUUCGAGACCACCUCGUCGGAGGAGUAUCGUGCCGUCACGCAGGACACUCGACAGACACAGAAGCGACAACGAGACAAUCUACGAGUCGAGGGCGAGAUGUCCGUCGUCCGGUCCAGGGAUGACUUCAAGGUCGUCAAGGGCGAACGGUACGACGUGGUACGGCCAAAAGACAAUCUCCGGAUGGAGGGGGAGAUGGAGAAGAGGCCUCGCAAUGACUUCAGUCCGGUGAAGGGUGAGCGCGCGGAGGUCAAGAAGCCUAAAGACAAUCUAAAGCAGGAGGGAGACUUCGUAAGGCCGCAAAAGGAGCGAGUCAGCCCAGGAGAAAGACCUAAGCCAAUCAAGCCAAAGGACAACCUGAAGCAGGAGGGUGACUUUGAGCGACCAAAGCAGCAACCCACCGGACCAGGAGACCGUGCACCCAUUGUGAGGCACCCAGACAACCUGAGGCUAGAAGGAGAUUUUACGCAAAGAGAACGAGAGCCUGUUCGCCCCGGAGAAAGAGCACCGAUUGUGAAACACCCAGACAAUCUCAAGCUAGAGGGCGACUUCCCACAGCGGGAGCGCACCCCAGUACGACCUGGCGAAAGAGCACCUAUGGUCAAGCACCCCGACAAUUUAAGAAUGGAGGGAGAUUUCCCUCAAAGAGAAAGACAGCCGGCGCGUCCAGGUGAGCGCGCACCCAUUGUAAAACAUCCCGACAACCUUAAGAUGGAGGGAGAUUUCCCUCAGAGGGAAAGGACCCCAGUUCGGCCUGGCGAGCGUGCACCCAUGGUGAAGCACCCUGACAACCUUAAAAUGGAAGGAGAUUUUCCUCAGCGAGAGAGAACACCAGUUCGUCCUGGUGAGCGCGCACCUAUGGUCAAGCAUCCAGACAACCUGAAGAUGGAAGGAGAUUUCCCGCAAAGAGAAUAUGAACCGGUAAGACCAGGAGAAAGGGCGCCAAUCGUGAGGCAUCCAGACAAUCUCAGGAUGGAGGGAGAUUUCCCUCAGAGGGAGCACCAAUGGUGAAACAUCCCGACAAUCUAAAAAUGGAGGGAGAUUUCCCACAACGUGAAAGAACACCUGUUCGCCCAGGGGAACGUGCACCUAUUGUCAAGCACCCCGACAAUCUUAAGAUGGAAGGUGACUUCCCACAAAGAGAACGACAGCCCGUGCGUCCCGGAGAAAGGGCGCCGGUGGUGAAGCCGCAAGACAACUUGUACCCCGAGGGAGACUUUGUGCAGCGCGAGAGAGAGGAGGUGAAGAAGGGAGAACGGGCACCUAUUAUUAAGCACCCUGACAACCUUAAGAUGGAGGGCGACUUUACUAGGCGGGAGCACACGCCUGUUAAGCCAGGAGAGAGAGCACCCGUUGUAAAGCCCCGAGACAACCUGAAGCCAGAGGAGGGCGAAUUCACAAAACGAGAAAAGUCACCAGUUCGACCUGGAGAAAGGGCCCCAAUUAUUAAGCACCCAGACAACCUCAAAAUGGAGGGCGACUUCGCCCAGCGCGAGGUCGUAACUGUUAAGACCGGCCAGCGCGCUGACAUUGUCAAACACGAGGAUAAUCUCACCACCGAGGGUGAGUUCACAACAGUGCGAAGCCGUGACGAUUUCACCGGGCAGCGAGGUGAGCGGGUGGAGGUCACCAUCCGCCAAGACAACCUUCGCAUGGAUGGCGAGUUCACCGAGUCCAGGUCGAGCGACGAUUACCGUUACGUGCAGGCUGAGCGCGUCACGCAAGUACGCCAUGAGGACAACCUCCGCAUGGAGGGCGAGUUCACGCAGAGGGAAGUGCAGUCCAUCACACCCGGGGAGCGGCCUCAGGCCAUCAAGCCGAAGGACAACCUGAAACCAGAAGGAGACUUUGAGAGGCCGAAGCCACAAGAGGUAAAGCCCGGUGAACGAGCACCCAUCGUCAAGCAUCCUGAUAAUCUUAAAAUGGAAGGUGACUUUACUCAACGAGAAGUCACCCCAGUUGGGCCAGCAGAUCGUGCUCCCAUUGUUAAACACCCUGACAACCUUAAGAUGGAGGGUGACUUCGCACAGAGAGAGCUUCAUCCAGUCUUACCCGGGCAACGUGCUCCUGUUGUGAAACCACAGGACAACCUCCACCCAGAGGGCGACUUCGUGCAACGCGAGAGGGAGGAGGUGAAGAAGGGCGAGAGGGUGCCGAUCAUCAAGCACCCCGAUAAUCUCAAGCUGGAGGGUGACUUUGAUCGCCCAGAAAAGUCACCCGUAGGGCCAGGAGGCCGCGCACCCAUCGUAAAGCACCCCGACAACCUCAAACUGGAAGGUGACUUUGAUCGCCCAGUGAAGUCGCCAGUGGGGCCAGGAGGCCGAGCACCUAUCGUGAAGCACCCCGACAACCUUAAGAUGGAAGGUGACUUCGCACAGCGAGAAAGACAGCCGGUGCGCCCAGGUGAGAGAGCGCCGGUGGUGAAGCCACAAGACAACCUGUAUCCCGAGGGAGACUUUGUGCAGCGAGAAAGAGAGGAAGUGAAGAAGGGUGAGAGGGUACCUAUCAUCAAGCACCCAGACAAUCUAAAAAUGGAGGGUGAUUUCGAUCGCCCCGAGAAGUUACCAGUGGGACCUGGAGGUCGCGCACCCAUUGUCAAGCACCCAGACAACCUCAAGCUGGAGGGUGACUUUGAUCGCCCCGAGAAGUCACCAGUGGGGCCGGGAGGUCGCGCACCCAUUGUCAAGCACCCUGACAAUCUGAAGAUGGAGGGAGAUUUCACCAAGCGAGAGCACACGCCUGUAAAGCCAGGAGAGAGAGCACCAGUUGUGAAGCCCCGAGACAACCUGAAGCCUGCAGAAGGUGAAUUCACGAAACGAGAAAAGUCACCAGUUCGACCAGGAGAAAGGGCUCCAAUCAUUAAGCACCCGGACAACCUCAAGCAGGAAGGAGAGUUUACUAAGAGAGAAAAGACUCCCGUGAAGCCGGGAGAGCGCGCCGCCAUAGUGAAGCACCCAGACAACCUCAAGAUGGAGGGAGACUUCGCGCAGCGUGAAAUUGUUACCGUUAAACAGGCCGAGAGGGCGACAAUUGUGAAGCACGACGACAACCUCCAGCUGGAGGGUGACUUCGUGGACCACCAUUCUCGCGAUGAUUACCAGGUAGUGACAAAGAGUGAGCGCACCAAGGCCGUCCGGCACGAGGACAACCUUCGCGUCGAGCAAGCUGAGUUUACAGCCACGCGCACCAGCGACGAGUACCGACACACAAAGGGCGAGCGCGUCGAGCAGGUGCGCCACGAGGACAACCUGAAGAUGGAGGGCGAGUGGAACAUGCAGCGGCGCGAGGACUACGUGGCCGUGAGGGGCGAGCGCUCCGAGAUUCGCCGGCACGAGGACAACCUAAAAAUGGAGGGUGAGUUCGUCCAGCGAGAGGUACAGGAAGUAAAGAAGGGCGAGCGCGCUGCCAUUGUGCGACACCCCGACAACCUGAAGCAGGAGGGCGACUUCACCAAACGCGAGCCCAGUCCGGUGAAGCCCGGAGAGAGGGCGCCGAUCGUCAAACACCCCGACAAUCUCAAAAUGGAGGGUGACUUUGCGAAGCGCCAGCCGGAGGAGGUGAAGACGGGGGAGCGAGCACCGAUCGUAAGGCGACCGGACAACCUCAAGCCAGAGGGUGACUUCGAGCGGCCGCUCAGAGAGAGACCACCCACCGGAGAGCGGGCUAAUAUCAUCAAACACCCCGACAACCUUAAGAUGGAGGGUGACUUUGAUCGCCCAGAGAAGUCACCCGUGGGGCCAGGAGGCCGCGCACCCAUCGUCAAGCACCCCGACAAUCUGAAACUAGAGGGUGACUUUGACCGACCCGGAAAGGAAAACGUUGGUCCCGGGGAACGGCUGCCAAUUGUGAAACACCCAGAUAACCUCAAGCUUGAAGGGGACUUCGACAGGCCAGAAAAGUCUCCUGUAGGACCGGGAGGUCGCGCGCCAAUUGUGAAGCAUCCGGACAAUCUAAAAUUAGACGGCGACUUCGACAGGCCAACCAAGGAGCAGCCUGGAAAACCAGAUAGAGCACAAAUUGUAAGGCGGCCUGAUAAUCUGAAGCUAGAGGGAGAUUUCGACCGUCCUCAGAAGUCACCCGUCGGCCCCGGAGGGCGUGCACCGAUUGUAAAACAUCCCGACAAUCUGAAGCUAGAUGGCGAUUUCGACCGCCCUCAGAAGUCACCAGUCGGCCCCGGCGGGCGGGCACCGAUUGUUAAACAUCCGGACAAUUUGAAGCUAGACGGCGACUUCGACAGGCCUCAGAAAGAAAAGCCCGGAAAACCGGACCGAGCGCAAAUAGUAAAGCGGCCGGAUAAUCUGAAGCUAGAGGGUGACUUCGACAGGCCCCAAAAGUCUCCUUUGGGCCCUGGUGGUCGCGCCCCUAUUGUGAAGCAUCCCGACAACCUGAAGAUGGAAGGAGAUUUCGACCGGCCUCAAAAGUCACCAAUCGGCCCAGGUGGUCGGGCACCGAUUGUCAAGCAUCCAGACAAUCUCAAAAUGGAAGGUGACUUUGCUCAGAGACAGAGGGAAACGGUAAGCAUAGGAGAGAGGGCGGAAGUAGUACGGCGGCAGGACAAUCUCCGUAUGGAAGGCACCUUCGAGAGCCGACAAAAGACUGAUUUUACACCCACAAAGGGGGAGCGCGCAGUAGUACGCAAACCAGAGGACAACCUCAAGGUGGGAGGUUCGUUCCAGGCUGAAACUACUUUGAAGUCCGAGUUUAAGGUGACAAAGGGCGAGCGCGCCGAAGUUCGAAGGCAAGAGGAUCACCUUAAGGUUGGUGGCGGGGGGAAAAUGGAGACGCAAACCACCAGCAAGGAAACGUUCGUCCAGAAGGUGGAGACGCCAACCAAGACUCAACAGCAAGUGAACCGAAGGCGCAUGGAUUCGCAGAUCAGCCUCGGACAACAGGAAACUGUGGCCAUGGAAACCAGGGCCUCCAGAGCGAAGCAGGAUUCUGUCUCGAAAACGACGAGUUCAACAUCGACCGACACCAAGGUGCUGGCAGAUGGCACACAGGUGACCGUCACCAGGACCCAACAGGAGACGAGGACGACGGGUGGUGUGACCUCCUCCAGUCAGAAGGCGGAAAUGGCGUCCACCCAAAAGACGGAGAUGCAAUCCAACCAGAAGACGGUACAAGAACAGCGACAGAAAACGCACGCAGUUAGCAGCGAGUUCAAGCAAGCCCUAAGCGGUGAGGCAUUCCAAGAGGCCAGCCCCACCUUGCCCGCAGGACACCAAAGGAGUCGUGUCAUCACGGCCUCGUCUGCGGACGUUUCAAACCAGGUCCUGCAUCGCAAGGGCGCCACUACAUCCACCGAGGCCUUGCACACUAGCUCGACGGCGGCCUCGGCACAGAGGAAGAGUAUCUCCAGCUUAGACCAAAGCGGCCAGUACAUCAGCGGGCUGAGCCAGGACAGAAGGAGCCUGAGCUCGAUGCACCGCCAGCAGCAGGAACACCACCACCAGCAGUCGCGUCAGGAGCACCACCAGCAGAUGCGCCAGGAACACCACCAGCAGAUGCGCCAGGAACAUCACCAGCAGUCGCGCCAGGAGCACCAACAGCAGAUGCGCCAGGAACACCA